UCCAGCGCGUCCCCCAUGCUGCCAGCGCCACGCGGGCCCGCCUUCCUCUCUGCCCGGCUUCCGCACUUUGCGGCCGACGCCUUCACUUUGCGACAGCACCGUGGAGGGGCGGGCCGAAAGGUGUUGCAAAGAAACAACAACAUACCGACUCCCCGGCCGUGCUUUACGGCUGAGCAGGGCGGCACGUCAACAGCUAUGGCGGAAGGGGACGGGGCGCCGCCGAGCAGCUGGGAAAAGGAUCUUGCGGAAGCUCUAGAAGAAGGAGGCUGUGAUCUUGAAACUGUGAGAAACAUCAUUCAAGGAAGGCAAUUGCCUGCUGAUCUGAGGGCCAAAGUUUGGAAGAUUGCACUUAAUGUUGUAGGAAAGGGAGACAGCCUCGCAUCCUGGGAUGGCUGUUUAGAUCUACCAGAACAGAAUAUAAUUCAUAAAGAUUGCCAAGAGCUAAUUGACCGGUUGUCUGUGCCACAGGACGAGAAGUCAGUAUUGCUUUUGGACAUUGAGUCUGUUAUUACUUUUUACUGUAAAUCACGCAAUGUUAAAUACAGUUCUUGCCUUGGUUGGAUACAUCUCCUCAGACCUCUGGUUCACCUUCGAUUGCCACGCAGUGAUCUGUACAACUGCUUUUACGCUAUCAUGAAUAAAUACAUUCCAAGGGAUUGUUUUCUGAAGGGAAGACCAUUUCACUUAUUCAGGUUGCUUCUUCAGUACCAUGAGCCUGAACUCUGCUCCUUUCUUGAUACUAAGAAGAUGACACCGGACUCAUAUGCACUCAACUGGCUUGGAAGCCUUUUCUCCUAUUACUGUUCAACUGAAGUAACUCAGGCAAUAUGGGAUGGUUAUCUACAGCAAGCAGAUCCAUUCUUUAUUUAUUUUUUAAUGUUGAUCAUCCUUGUCAAUGCAAAAGAUGUUAUCUUAGCACAGGAAUCAGAGAAAGAAGAAAUGCUAAAAUUUCUAGAAACUUCACCAGCCAAUCUCGAAGUAGAGGAUAUAGAGGAUCUCUUCUCUUUGGCACAAUAUUACUGUAGCAAAACUCCAGCUUCUUUCAGGAAGGACAAUCACAGUCUUUUUGGCAGCAGCUUACUGGGCCUCAAAGAUGAUGACACAGACUUGAGCCAGGCUCUCUGUCUAGCAGUUUCAGUGUCUGAGAUUCUUCAAGCGAAUCAGCAGCAAGGAGAAGGAGUGAGGUUCUUCGUAGUGGAUUGUCGUCCUGCAGAACAGUACAAUGCUGGGCACUUAUCAACAGCUUUUCAUUUAGACUCAGAUUUGAUGCUUCAAAACCCAUCAGAGUUUGCACAGUCUGUGAAAUCCCUAUUAGAAGCACAAAAACAGUCUAUUGAGUCUGGCUCUAUAGCUGGUGGGGAACAUCUCUGCUUCAUGGGAAGUGGCAGGGAAGAAGAAGAUAUGUAUAUGAACAUGGUGCUGGCACACUUCUUACAGAAAAAUAAGGAGUAUGUAAGCAUAGCCAAAGGAGGAUUUAUGGCCCUUCAGCAGCACUUAGCAGAUAUCAACGUGGAAGGACCAGAAAAUGGAUAUGGUCACUGGAUUGCUAGCACCUCAGGCUCCAGAAGUAGCAUAAACUCCUCUGUCGAUGGUGAUUCUCCUAAUGGUUCAAGUGAUGGAAAGGGAGUCAAGUCCUUGGUGAAUAAAAUGACAGUUGCUUUGAAGACUAAAUCUGUGAACGUGAAAGAAAAAGUUAUUAGUUUCAUUGAAAACACAUCCACUCCAGUGGACAGAAUACCUUUCAAUAUUCCGUGGCCAGACAGAGCAAGCCUGGAGCGCAGACAUGUCAGCAGCAGUGACAGAGUAGGAAAACCUUACCGUGGUGUGAAACCAGUAUUCAGCAUCGGAGAUGAAGAAGAAUAUGACACUGAUGAAAUUGACAGCUCUUCAAUGUCUGAUGAUGAUCGAAAAGAGGUUGUCAACAUCCAAACAUGGAUAAAUAAACCUGAUGUGAAGUAUAACUUCCCCUGUAAUGAAGUAAAAGAAAAUGGACAUAUGUUUCCCAGUCACCUCCUAGUAACGGCAACCCACAUGUAUUGUUUGAGGGAGAUUCCAUCGCGGAAGGGGCUGGCUUACAUACAGUCUCGACAGGCACUCAACUCUGUAGUCAAAAUCACAUCCAAGAAGAAGCACCCAGAACUGAUCACCUUUAAAUAUGGAAAUAGCAAUACUUCAGGCAUAGAAAUUUUGGCAGUUGAAAGGUAUCUGAUUCCAAAUGCAGGUGAUGCAACCAAAGCCAUAAAACAACAGAUCAUGAAAGUAUUGGAUGCCUUGGAGAGUUAAUAACUAAAGACGUUGUAGAAAAGAGUUUAUAAAGAAGAAGUAACAAAGAUACUGUAUGUGGACAUGAGCUGAUGGUUUCCCAAUCAAAUACUAACUUUGUGUUUUUUCAGUUUACUGACGGGAGUGCCUGGAUAGCAGGCUUAAGAUAGGGUAAAUUAUUACCAAUUUCUGAACAAGAUUUUUAAUUUCUUUUAUUUUGUAGAAGUACGUAUUAUAAAGGUCAGUUUGUUUCACUGCGAUGCACCUUUAAUAGGAGUGAUGUGCACAUUUUAAGAGGGCGUGCUGCUAGGUUCAUACAAGUAUGUUAAAAGAACGAAGCAAAGUGGAGAAGCAGUAGAAGACAGG